ACUGGAAAGAGGAAGAGAGAAGGGGAUAGACCAAAAAGCUGUUUUGAGUUGGAAAGGGGUUUAGGAAGAAGGAACGUGAGUCUGAACUGUGCUAACAGUGUGCUGUUUUUGAAGGAUUAACUUAAGAAGAAAAUAUUGUUUGAAAACAAUGACCAUAUGACGACAGGAAAGAACAAACUGCUUUCUUGAUCAAAUGUUUGAAGCAGCUUAUGGUACAUGCUAGCUGAAAGUUACUAAUUUUAAACAUUGCUACAACUACACCAACCACACAGUUGUAACCUGGCAAAGGGUUCUCAAGGCUUCUAUCCAUGGUAUGACUGAUCACUGCCCCAGCCCUAUAAUCAGAUCUGAUGAUGCUCUGGCUGGUUCUACUUGCCUGCUUUACAUCCCACGCUGCCAAUCAACUCCCGACAAACCAAAAGUCAUCCAUUACAUUUGAUCCUUCCCAGCUUAUCUGCAGUGCACCUGGACUUCCAGGAGUUCGUGGGCCUCCAGGUUAUCCUGGAUCUGCAGGCCCUAUUGGGAGAAUGGGAUUUCCUGGAAAAGAUGGUAUGGAUGGGAAAGAUGGUCAAAAGGGAGACAAAGGAGAAGAAGGUGAAAGAGGAAAACAAGGAAAAAGCGGAAAACCUGGCAUGAAGGGGAUACGGGGAGCUAUUGGCAAAGUAGGUCCCCGAGGACCAAGGGGUUUUAGAGGGGCUCAAGGUAGUUCAGGAAUACGUGGACCAAAAGGCACUAAUGGAAACAAUGGUGAGCUUGGUUUGCCUGGAAUCUGCAAAUGUGGUAUUAAUACAGCAAGAUCUGCCUUCUCUGUAGCCAUCACCUUCAGCUAUCCCAAGGAACGCAUGCCCAUCAAAUUUGACAAAGUUCUUUUAAACGAAGGAGGGCACUACAAUGUUUCCAGUGGAAAAUUUACAUGUGGUAUACCUGGCAUUUACUACUUCUCCUAUGAUAUUACCUUGGCAAAUAAGCAUCUUGCUAUUGGGCUGAUGCACAAUGGUCAAUAUCGUAUAAAGACUUUUGAUGCUAACACUGGUAACUAUGAUGUGGCUUCUGGUUCGACUAUCAUGUACCUAAAACGUAAAGAUGAAGUUUGGCUGCAGAUAUUUUAUUCUGAACAGAAUGGUUUGUUCUAUGAUCCUCACUGGGCUGAUAGCUUAUUCACUGGCUUUAUGAUUUAUGUUGAUCAGGACUAUCUCAAUGAAAUUGAAGAAGAACAAAUCUCCUAGAAAACUCACUCUUUGUACCAUGAACAUUAGACAUUUAAAAAUUUAAAUAGUACCUCCAUUAAAAUGGAGACAGAAGAGUGUCGCAAGGAACCCAUGUCAACUGUGCUGAGCUCAUCAAUUUCAUCAACUUUGCCUCCAACCUCCACCCUGCCCUCACAUUCACUUGGUCCAUCUCCGACACCUCUCUCCCCUUUCUGGAUCUCUCUGUCUCCAUCUCCAGAGACAGAUUAACCACAGACAUCAUCUACAAACCCACUGACUCCCACAGUUACUUUUCCCACCCCGUCACUUGUAAGGACGCCAUCCCCUUCUCCCAGUUCCUCUGCCUCCGCUGCACCUGUUCCCAUGAUGAGGCUUUCCAUCCUAGAAUAUCAGAGAUGUCUCCUUUUUCAGUAACCGGGGUUUCCCUUCCAUCACCAUCAAUGCUUCAAUGCUGCCCUUACCCGUAUCUCUUCCACUUCCCGCACAUCUGCCCUCACUCCCAUGCCCCCCCCACCACUGACAUAACAGGGACAGGGUUCCCCUUGUCCUCACCUACCACCCCAUGAGCCUCUGCAUCCAACAUACCAUUCUCCGCAACUUCCGCCACCUCCGACAGGAUCCCACCACCAGGCACAUCUUCCCCUCCCCACCCCUCUCUGUUUUCUGCAGGGACCGCUCUCUCCGCGACUCCCUUGUCCACUCGUCCCUCCCCCCCCCACCCCCGGCACUUAUGCCUGCAACUGCACCAAGUGCUACACCUGUCCCUACACCUCCUCCCUCGCCACCAUUCAGGGUCCCAGACAAUCCUUCCAGAUGAGGCAGCGCUUCACCUGUGAGUCCGGGGGUGUCAUUUAUUGUAUCCGGUGCUCCCUCCUCUGCAUCGGUGAGACCCGACACAGAUUGGAGGACCGCUUCGUUGAGCACCUUCGCUCUGUCCGCCGCAACAGCCAGGACCUCCCAGUGGCCACCCACUUCAAUUCCACAUCCCACUCCCACACUGACAUGUCUAUCCAUGGCCUCCUCUACUGCCACAUUAAGGCCAGAUGCAGGUUGGAGGAACAACACCUCACAUUCCACCUUGGGAGUCUCCAACCUGAUGGCCUCAACAUCGAUUUCUCUAACUUCCGGUAACUCCACCCCUUCUUUUUCUUCCCCCACCCCCCUACUCCUUUGUCUUCCCUUAUUCCUGUGGCUCCCUUCCCUCACCUUGAUGAUCUGCCCAUCUCUUCUCCUCCCCUCCUCUAUCCUUUAUUCCAUGGUCCACUGCCCUCUCCUACCGGAUUCCUCCUUCUUCAGCCCUUUGCCUCUUCUAACUAUCACCUCUCAGCUUAUUACAUCUUCCCCUCCUCCCCCACCUACCUUCCCCCUCUCACCUGGACUAGCCUAUCACCUGAACUCACCUAUCACCUGCCUGUGUGUGCUCGUCCCCCUCCCACUCCCCCACCAUCUUAUUCUGGCUUCUGCCCUCUUCUUUUCCAGUUCCGAUGAAGGGUCUCGGCCUGAAACGUCAACUGUUUAUUUCCCUCUAUGGAUGCUGCCUGACCUGCUGAGUUCCUCCAGCACUUUUUGUGUAUUGCUCCAGAUUCCAGCAUCUGUAGAAUUUCUUGUGUCACAGGGAACCAGUAAGUUUUUAAGUAACAUGUUUUCUGGGUGGAUUCAUUGACAAGGUUACACUUAGUGCCCAUCCUGGUCAGCUCGAGAAAGUGAUGAUGGGCCUUAAUGAUCGUUUUCAAAAUAGAAUGACUUGCUGGGCUACUUCAGAGGGCAUAGAAUCAGCCACUGGGCAUGGCCUGGAACCAUUUGUAGAUCCCGCCUGGAUCUUUGGACUUCACCUGAAGAAAACUGAACUAUUUUGGGUUUUACAACUCUCUAGCAGCUUUCAAGGUGAUUAUUUCUUGAAUAAUGGCCAUUCUUAAUUAAUCUAGCACCUAUCCCAGUACAGGAAAGGUAUACUGUUAUUUUUGCCACUCUCUGCCUUGACUGUUCUUGCUGUGCUGGCUUGCAUUGAAUAGUUUCCAAUGACAAAAACAAGAUCUGAUUUUAAAAUCACUGAUUUAAGGAGAAUGGGAGGUGGGUUGGGGGGUGCUUGGGACUAAAAGUGGUGGGGGGGGGGGAGGGGGAAGAGUACUAACUUGUGUGUUCAUGUUGUGUUCCAUUUCAACUCUGAGGAAUUGGGAGGUCUGAGAGGGAAAUCAUAAUUCCUUAGAAAAGUGCAAAGGUAGGGAUUCUAUGAUGCAAUUAAGACUCUGUGUUUGUUGGGCUUAAUAGAGGAACCAUCAGAGAUUGCAAGAGACAAGCAGAAGCAGGGCUAAACAAGACCAACAAGCCAGCCUUAAACUUACCUUGCCUGGGUGUCUUUCUCCUCCCCCUUCCCACUCCUCUGUCCCUCAUUCUCAUUUGCCUCCUACCACUCUUUACCCACCGACCUAAUGCUCCUGUCUGCCAGCCAGUUGGUGAUUUCGACUCUUCAUUGGGAGCCCAAUCACAGGCAUGGAAGUGAAACUUAGGAGACAAAAUCCCUCUGGGCUUCAUGUGACACCAGGGUAUGACCUGAUGACAUUCCCAAGUACCCAUGUAUUUGGGGCUGCAAACUUAUAUGCGUGAACUGCUAAUAUCAAGAUUUGAGCUCCUAUUUUGAAAAAUACACAACAAAUAUUCCCUUAUGCUCAAUAUAGCAUGGCGGGGUAUAUAAUCAUGGCACAAUACUCAAACUAAACCGCAGUCCCAUACAGCCUCAAGUGUGGGAGACAAAUAUAUUUCUGGUAGAUUUGUCAGUUAAUAAUUUAAAAAAAUCUCAAAAUUGACUGCAUACUGCUUUGUGUGACUCAGAUUUCUAACUAGUCUCUAUUUGGGUAGAGAUCUUGACUUUUUACUAUUAAUUUGGCUUUACUACACUUUAUUAAAAUGGAUUAUGAUGUGCAGGUAGGAGGCUAAUUACAUGAUGUGAUGCUGCAUUCAUUUGUGUAUUGUCUGGAAUCGGGAUAUUUUUGCAUUGGAGAUCUAUAAUUGGGGAACUUUUGAUUACAGAUGGUAUCCAUUAGAAAACCUGUUAGAAAAGUUGACAUUGUUGUGUAAGGGCAUAAACAUGUUGAAACUUGAAAUAAAGAACAUUUAUUUGGAAAGC